AUGUACGAAGGCCGAACAGCAGCCGAGCCGGGCAUCGUCUUUGGCCACGAAAACAUGGGGGUCAUCGAGGAGGUCGGAUCGGCGGUCAUCGAACCCGCAGCGUCGGCGGCGACCGCGUUGUGCUGCCCUUCAACGUGGCAUGCGGGUUCUGCAAGAACUGCCUGGGUGGGUUUACUGGGGUUCUGCACGACGGUCAACCCCGGUUUUGCCGGAGGGGCGUACGGAUACGUGGCGAUGGGCCCGUGGGUUGGCGGACAGGCGGAAUACCUCCAGGUGCCGUUCGUAGAUUUCAAUGCGCUCCCAUUGCCGGCGGGUGACGAGCACGAGGCCGAUUUUUCCCUUCUCGCCGAUAUCUUUCCGACCGGCUAUCACGGCGCCGAGCUCGCGGGCGUCCGGCCUGGUGAGUCCGUCGCAGUCUUCGGGGCCGGUCCGGUGGGUCUGAUGGCGGCCUACAGUUGCGUCAUUAGGGGCGCAGCAGAGGUCUACUCCGUGGACCACGUGAAGGAACGGCUGGACAAGGCGGAACAGAUCGGCGCGAUACCGAUCAACUACGACGAGGCCGAUCCCGUCGAACAGAUCAAGUCCCGCAGGAAUGGCGAAGGGACGGACAAGGGCAUCGACGCAGUCGGAUACCAGGCCACUUCUGCUGGUUCAUCCGCAGCCGGAGGCGAGCAGGACGAGGUGCCGAACAUAGUCCUGAACCAGCUGAUUGACGUAGUCUCGCCGACGGGAGCGCUUCGCAUUCCGGGACUGUACGUCCCGGCGGACCCCGGCGGAGUCGACGCGCAGGCUGCCAAGGGCGCACUGCUCAUCAACUUCGGCAAGUUGUUUGAGAAGGGUCUUCGCUUCGAACCGCCAGUGCAACGUCAAGAGCUACAACGCUUACUUGCGUGA